UGGAACUCACCUCAAAGCUUGCAGCUGUACAUACCUUCCCGCUGCUUCCGGUGCCCCCUACUCGUCUUACCUCUGUUCACACUGUCUGCAUUACCGAUACCGGAUACCAUGUUGGCAGCGGAAAUUCUGCUACCCGAACCCAACGCAUCCUUCCUUGAAACAUUCAUCUACACGUCGAACAGAAAUGACCCUCAUUCAGAGGGUGACACGAUUGCAAUAUUCUCUCUCGCCGCCAGAGAGGCACAGCUAGAGCUUGAACCGGCUAUUAGGGUCCCGUACGAUAUGAUCACGAUAGAACCAGAUGCUAACAUUCAUCAUACGCGUGGUCCUGAAUUCUCGGCGAUACGAUGUGCGGAGAUACUAAGGAAGAAGCUCGAUCGAGAAGUGUUCUAUUAAUUAAGAUUAGUCAUAUGUUGAUAAAGUAUGC